ACGUGUUGCGAAAUACUAAAAUAAAUAAAAAAAAAAUUAAGUAGAUUUAAUUCUUACCUUAGGAUAGUGAUAUUUAGUUAGUUACAAAAAAACAACAAAAAUGAGAUAUCUAUCAACGAGUUUAGUAUUGGCAGCUGUAAUAAUCACAGGAAAUGCCCAAAACUUCAAAUGUCCCGAUAAGGAUGGUCAAUAUGAGGAUCCCGUCCAAUGCGACAAAUACUACGAAUGCGUAGAUGGCGAAGCUAAGGUCAAAUUGUGCCCCGAUGGUUUGGUAUUCGAUCCCUUGAUCCGUAAAAUUAACAAGUGCGAUCAACCCUUCAAUGUUGACUGUGGAAACAGAGUUGAAUUACAACCCCCAAAGGGAAACGAUAACUGCCCACGUAAAAACGGAUUCUUCGCUCAUCCUGAUCCCACAAUUUGCAACGUCUUCUAUAACUGCAUCGACGGUGAGUUUACCGAAUUGCCAUGCACUGCUGGAUUACACUUUGACGAGUACACGGGCACUUGCGUGUGGCCUGACGCUGCUGGUCGUACUGGAUGUGGCAAGAAAAAGGAAACUAGCGGUUUCCAAUGCCCUAAUGGCGCUGUUGUCGAUGACAAUGGACAAACAGAUCAACAUCCCAAAUUCCCCCAUCCUACUGACUGCCAACGAUUCUACGUUUGCUUGAACGGCGUUGAAGCACGUGACUUGGGUUGCAUGGCUGGCGAAGUUUACAACGAGGAAACCAAGAUGUGUGAUGCCCCUGAAAAUGUUCCUGGAUGUGAGGACUGGUACGACACCGACAAGAAACAAAAGAAACGGAAGUGAACAUUUCACGACGUAUAACAAAAACAAACAAACACACAUUACACACAAAACAAACUAAUUUAAUCCCCCUUUGAACAUUUUUAUAGCAUUUAUACAUAUACAUAUAAAAAUACUCGAAAAACUCGAAUCAACUCAAAAGUCAACACACCUUUCCGCACUUUUCUUCUCGCACUCAUAAAAUUUACAAGAAAACGAAAAAAAAUCAACGAAUAUGAAAUUUCAUAUGCUUCCUAAAGACUGUCACUUAAAUUGUAAUAUUUUAUGAUAAUAAUUAAUUUGUAGUGUUUUUCACGCUAAAAUCACUAAAUUAACUGUCUAUUCUUUC